GUCCGAACGCCAGGACUCCGGGUCCGGGCUGGGGGUUCGAGGGUCGUUUGGGGACGUUGCGCGGCCGCGGAGAAGGUGCCACGGGCCCCAGCCCCCCGGCGUCGCAGGGCCUCGGCUGGCGCGUGCCGCUGUCACCUCGGGCCCUAGCCGCCCUCGCCGGGUGGGCGUGGCCGGACCGAAACCCAGGGUCCCGCCGUCUCAGGCCCAGGCCCCGUCGCCCCGCGAGCGGCCCCCGGGCGAGAUGCGGCCCUCGUGCUGGCGGCGCCCUCCUUCGCGCCGCCCACCGGACUCGGCGGGGAGGACCCUGGCCUUGUAGCCGCUGAGGCGACCCCGUCCCCAGGGCCCGCAUUUACCCCAUAAGACUUCCAGAGAAGGUCGCCCGCGGAGCAGAGUAGCCUUCCGGUGUAAGUCACGCUCUGCGGGCCAGUCCCCCAGUCCACGGUCAAGGGGCUGAGCCCCUGUUUAUUUCCUGCCAAACACCAGCCAUGUGACCUUGGGCAAGUCUCUGGGGGUCUCUGAGCCACGAUUGCCCAGCUUUGAGGGAGUUGAAGUCCAAGUAUUAACUUUCCUGCCAGCCCUGACAUCCCGUAUGGGUCUGUUUUUAGUAUCUCUGCUCUUAAAGCUUGUAAUCCUAACCAGGGUAAAUCUUCCUGUUUGGGAGAGAGUUAUUCCAGGGCUGAGGAAUCCCGAGUGGGGUGACCAGCCAGAGGUGAGGGCAGUUUAGAGGUUGGACCCUUUGAAUCUCUGAAAGGUUAGAGCCAGCUCCACCCAGCUGCUGCUCUCCAAGGUGCUGCUACCUUGUGCGCCCUCUCGUACUUGUCCUGCCACAUUGACUUUGUCACACUCUAGUUCCGAAGACCAGUGGCUUGGGAGGGUGGGCGGCUUAUUGUCCCCAUUGUCUUCUCCAGUCCAUCCUCACUCGUCAGUGUGGAUGAGUGACAUCUUCUCGGCCUCAAGUAAAUUGCUGUGCAAACACAGCCUCAAGCCCCCCUACUUUCCAAUCAGAUCACCCGCUCUUGACCCUCCUCUUAAACUUCUGGAGCUGCUUCCCCAGUGACACAGGGCCAGACUCCACGGGCACCAGGACAUGGGGAGGGGAGGACACGAAGGCUCUUUUCUUCACCUCAGUCCUGCUGGGCUGGCACUUGUGAUGGUCACUAGCAUUCACUCUGUAAUGUAUUAUCCGUGGCUCUAGAAUUUCGAGUUCUACUUAGUGACUCCUAUCUGAUGGUAGCUCCCCGUUGAGGUAAAGGAAGAGCUUUGAGCUUCAGAGCCCAGUGGCAAGGUUCUUCUGUGAGCUGAACGAUGGCUGUAGCUGGGGACCCACAAGUCCAGACUCCUCGAGCGCGAGAAGAGCUUCAAAGAGUGAAGCUGGAAGACGAUUCCCACUGGGAGCAGGAAAUUUCCCAAAGGAGCGACCCUGGACCAGAGACCUCCUGCCGGCGGUUUUGGCAUUUCUGCUAUCAACAAGCAUCAGGACCCCGGGAGGCUCUCAUCCAACUCCGGGAGCUCUGUCAUCAGUGGCUGAGGCCAGAGGAGUGUACGAAAGAGCAGAUCCUGGAAUUGCUAGUGCUAGAACAGUUCCUGGCUGUCCUUCCUCGGGAGAUCCAGUUCUGGGUUAGACAGAAGCAUCCAGAGAGUGGAGAGGAGGCCGUGGCCCUGGUGGAAGACUUGCAGAAAGAGCCCGGGAGACGGGGGCUCCAGGCAGUGGUGAAGAACUCACAGCCAGAACUGGAAGAACAGUGGCAUCACAGUCCCGAAGAGGAACUCCCAGCCUUGCACAGGAGCGCCCUGCCUGGUCCUGGAACUCUGGGUCUUUCUGUGGAGGAGGGCGGCAGUGACCAGGGGAUGAUGCACAGCCCCCAGGAGUUGGUGACAUUCGGCGAUGUGGCCGUGUACAUCUCCCAGGAGGCACGGAGGCAGCCAGGACCUGGAUGGAGGAACCACCUGGAAAGAAGUUGGGAGAAAUCUGCAAGUGAGGUCUCGCCGGAUUUGCCAACCCCCCUACCCAGUGUCAGCUCCCACGUGGAGCAGGAGGAGGACCCACGGAGGCGUGAUCUUCAGUGUCCCGGAGAGGAGAACGCCAGCGACUCCGCAGCGGGCAGGGGGAGAGGCCAGCCUGGCCACGUGCCCGUCCUGAGAAAAGCCAAGAUGUGGGACGAGCUGGAGUUGCAGGGCCUGGAGGAUGAGAAGGUGGCAGGGGUGCACUGGGGCUAUGAGGAAACCAAGACUUUUUUGGGAAUUCUCAGUGAGUCUUGGAUCCACGAGAAACUGCGCACCUGCCAUCGGAACCGCCAGGUGUACCGGCUGGUGGCCGAGCGGCUGCGGGAGCGCGGCUUCCCGCGGACCCUGGAACAGUGUCGCUACCGGUUCAAAAACCUCCAGACCCACUACCGCAAAGCCAGGAGCACGCACGCCCCGGGAACCUGCCCCUUCUAUCGUGAGAUGGACGCCCUGAUGUGCCCACGGGCCGCCACCCCCCUUCCAGAGGUGGCAGGGGCUCUUCUUGGGCACAGGGCCUGUGAUGUGGAGCAUGCAGAGCUUCAGGGGCGCCGCUGGGGACAGGAGGAGGCAGUGCUGGCUGAGGCUGUGUUGGAAGGCAGGGCAGAGAAGCAGGGGCCGGACCCCGGCCACACUACAGCAUCUGUAGAAGAAGGGCAUUUAGGAGCCGUCACGGAGGAUUCUGAGGGGGAAGAACUGGGGGUCGAAGAAGUGUCUGGAAGCCCUGGAAUCCCAGCCCUGUUUCGGAGUCCGGCUGGUGUGCACUGGGGCUACGAAGAAACCAAAAUUUUCCUGGGGAUUCUCGGUGAGCCCUACAUUCACGAGAAACUGCGCACCUGCCAUCGGAACCGCCAG